GUUGUCGUACCGUCAUAAACCGGGUUCUGUCAACUCUGCAGAGCCGCCCCACUCCCCCAGACAAUCGAUAAUAAUAAAGCUCGUAUCUGGUCUUACUGAAGCAGCAACGACAUUGUUGACAAGCACUACUAAGCCGCCAUGGUGACAUCUCCACCUCUUAGCCAGGCCACGGGCUAUGGAAUCAUUGUUGGCCUUGGUUUCCUCUUUGCCUUCGGCAUGAUGCUUACGACCUUUGUCUUGAAGCGCUAUAACAAUGAACUUCAGACGAGUGAAGUCUUCAGCACCGCAGGCCGAUCCGUCAAGUCUGGUCUGGUCGCCUCUGCAGUGGUCUCCUCCUGGACGUGGGCUGCGACUCUGCUCCAAUCUUCCUCCAUCGCCUAUCAAUAUGGCGUGAGUGGACCUUUUUGGUACGCGUCUGGUGCGACUGUGCAAAUCAUCCUUUUCGCAACGAUUGCCAUUGAACUGAAGCGGAAAGCUCCCAAUGCUCAUACAUUCCUGGAAGCCAUCCGAGCCAGAUAUGGACCGGUCACACACGGCGUGUACAUCACGUUUGGCGUCAUGACCAAUAUCCUGGUAACAGCUAUGCUCUUGACAGGAGGGUCCGCGGUAGCGACUUCCCUCUGCGGCGUACCCACAGCUGCCGGAUGCUUUCUGCUACCUGUCGGAGUGGUGCUAUAUACCAUGUUCGGUGGCAUCAAAGCUACCUUCCUGACCGAUUGGGUGCAUACUGUUGUGAUCCUGGUCAUUAUUCUCACCUUCGCCUUCACUGCCUACGCGACUGGAGACCAUCUUGGCAGCCCGGGGGCUGUAUACGAUCUUCUGGUUGCUGCAACAGAGCGUCAUCCCGUCGAGGGAAAUGCUGGAGGCUCAUAUCUGACCAUGCGAUCUAAGGAGGGAGUCAUUUUCUUCGUGAUCAACAUUGUGGGAAACUUUGGCACCGUGUUCAUGGAUAAUGGGUACUACAACAAAGCUAUUGCAGCCUCUCCUGUGCAUGCCCUUCCAGGUUAUAUUGCCGGCGGUCUUUCCUGGUUCGCAAUUCCAUGGCUAGCGGCCACGACAAUGGGCCUAGCGGCUAUCGCUCUCGAGAACAACCCAGUUUUUCCGACCUAUCCCAAUCGGAUGAGUGCAGCAGAUGUCAGUGCUGGUCUAGUACUUCCAAAUGCAGCGGUUGCCCUGCUCGGAUCUGGUGGCGCAGCAGGAACGCUUUUGCUCAUUUUCAUGGCUGUUACGUCAGCUAUGUCUGCGGAAUUGAUCGCAGUCAGCUCAAUCUGGACCUACGAUAUCUACAAGACUUACAUCAACCCUAACGCAAGUGGGAAGAGGCUGAUCUAUAUGUCUCACGCAAGUUGUGUCGUCUACGCACUAUGCAUGGCAGCUUUUUCCACGGGAUUACAUUAUGCAGGCAUAUCGAUGGGUUACCUCUACCUCCUGAUGGGAGUCAUCAUCAGUGGUGCCGUGCUGCCGAGCACCUUGACCCUCCUGUGGAGUGGUCAGAGUUGGGCGGCAGCCACAUUUUCACCUCCACUGGCCCUCUGCUGCUCUGUGACUGGAUGGCUGGUGCAGUCGAAGGUUCAAUACGGCGAUUUGAGUGUCACUUCCACCGGAUCCAACUACCCGAUGCUGGUGGGCAACGUCGUGUCUCUCCUGGCACCAGCUAUCUUCAUCCCGAUUCUGUCACUGGUCUUCAGAACACCUGCCUAUGACUGGAUCAGUAUGUCGCAGAUCAGGAAAGGCGACGACCAUGACCUAGCUGCCGCUGCAAAUAUUGAUCUUGAGAUGGUUCCAGGCGAGCGACGCAAGCGGGCCGAAGACGAAGCAGCGGAACAGUCGAAACUGAUGCGAGCGAGCAAGACUGCUCGAUGGCUGACUGUCUUCAUGACUCUGUCAUUUCUGGUACUCUGGCCGAUGCCCAUGUACGGCAGUGCGUACAUUUUCUCGAAGAAGUUCUUCACAGGCUGGGUUGUUGUUGGAAUCCUGUGGCUGUUCUGCAGCUCUUUCUGUGUUGGCCUCUAUCCUCUCUGGGAGGGUCGUAAGACGUGCGCGAGAACUACCAAAGCUAUCUUCAGGGAUAUCACUGGCCGAGGCAAACCGCACGUUCAUCAUGGACGACCUGUUUUGACGGAAGAGGAAAUAUCUGACACUCAGGCCGAGAAGAAGAAGAGCACCACACCGCCACAGGUUGAACUUGAGCACUGAUUGUAUGUUGGUUGGAUGUGUGUCAAUCUUGAACGGCCUGACAGAAGAAUCUGAGAAGAUGGUAUGGUACCUUAUGUAGCGUCAGUAUACCUCACACCGCGAUCUCUCGAAAAGCGACGUCCUUGACCUGGCCACUCCCAUAUGACCAUAUGAGAGGGAAGCGUCUCACAGCCAAGCGGCCAAAAACUAGUUAGACCAUGAAAAGAACAGAUU